GGGCGGAAUGAGUGAGACGAAAGAGGAUCUGAAUCAUCGACUUACUGUAAAAUAACAUUUACAAAUGGGAAUUAUGCUUAAAGAGAUAGCAAGAACAGUGCUGUGACGGUGUUUUUAUUUAUUUUUAUGUCGGGUUUAACGGAUAGUUUUGUGUUUGUGUGAGUCUCUUAUAGCUGCACACAUUACGCAACAUUUACUUUGUUUAUCUUAAAAGUACGUGUCGUCUUUCCUCACGAAAGCCACAGAAUGUCGCGUUCACGAAAUGGACAGAUUUCACGGUGAAAGAUAUGAAUCAAAAAUCAUCAAAAUGAUCCGCCACGUUUUCGUAGGGGCUGUUUUUAUGCUGUUAAUCAACUUCGAGGGGACAUCCUGCUUAAAUCCGCCUCAGGGUGUCAAGUUAUUCGGAUCAUAUCUGCAGUGGAAGAAGCCUCCCGAUGAAGACAGUGUGCUGUAUUCACUGCAGUAUAAACGGAGCUUCAAAUCAGAGGAUGAAUGGUACAAUGUGACGAGCCAUAACAAGACAGAAUUAAGAUUUAAAAUCACUCCUGAGUUUUAUGGAGCAGAAUUUCGGGUACGCGCAGAGAAAGGAAAUAACACGUCUGAAUGGAAAUAUUCAACAAAAGUCCAGUGUGUAAACACUAACGCUUGUGUUCCUGUGAUGAAACUGUCUGUGAAACCUGGAAAGGUUUAUGUUACUAUGGAUCAUAUGGACGGCAGCUUGAAAUAUGAACAUGGAGAACAUAUUCAGUUCAACGUAUCGUUCUGGAAAGUGGAUAAUGGAGGAUACUCAAAGGUAGAGUCUAUUAUUACAAAUAGCAAGAAACAAAUACUUGAACUGGAAUCAGGGCAAAACUACUGUUUCCAGGUUCAGUAUCUCUUCUAUGAUAAGCCUUAUGGAAAUAUUAGCAACCAAAGUUGUGCAAUCAUCCCAGAAACGCUGGAAAUGGUGAAGAGCCGUGAUUUGCUGUUUAUUAUAUCAACUACACUGCUUGUUACGGCCAUGUGUGGAGUGUUUAUUUUUCUGCUUUUUAAACACCACAAAAAGGUCAAACCGCUGUUACAGCCCCUCCGCCUGGAAAUCCCUGACCACUAUCUAGAGUUUAUUAGGUCUGGGGAGUUUCCUCUGCAAGCAUGUCCAAGUCCCAGCUGUCAAAGUUUACAGUCAUGUGACAUGAUCCUAGUAAUAGAGAACAGCAGUGUGAAGCAGAAAGGCCAAGAAGAGGAACAAGUUGUUUAACAUAACGAUUGUGUUGGUCUUUAUGCAUGUAAAAUGUAUUUACUUUUUUCGGUACAUAAUAUGCUUUGCACAUCACUAACAAACUAUAUUCAGAUCGGUCCUUUGUAAGUACAGUUUAUAUAUAUAUAUAUAU